AUGGCAACUGGCGCCACCAUGACGCAACCCUCGGCCAGCCUUUCGCUCUCGGCAGAGAAGCCUAAGAACAUCGAGACGCAGCACGAGGACAUGAUCCACGACGCCCAGCUCGACUUCUACGGCAAGCGCCUCGCCACCUGCUCCUCGGACAGGACCGUCAAGGUGUUUGACGUCGUCAACGGCACCCCCUCGACCACCGGAGAGACCCUCGUCGGGCACCAGGGCCCCGUCUGGCAGGUCGCCUGGGCCCACCCCACAUUCGGCCCCAUCCUCGCCAGCUGCUCCUACGACGGAAAGGUCAUCAUCUGGAAGGACAGCAACGGCGCCGGAGGCCAGGGCUCGGCCGCACAGUCCCACUCGAACCCCUACGGAGGCAGCGGCGCCUAUGGCGCCCCGCCCUCCAGCGCCGGAGGGUGGUCCAAGAUCAAGGAGCACGCCCUUCACACUGCGUCGGUCAACUCGAUCGCUUGGGCGCCGCACGAGCUCGGCUCGGUCCUGGCCUGCGCGUCUUCUGACGGCAACGUCUCGGUCCUGACCUUCAACAACGACGGGACAUGGGCGGUCGACAUCGUGUCGGCCCACCCCGUCGGCUGCAACGCCGUCUCGUGGGCGCCCGCGACCUACCCUGGCUCGCUCAUCUCGGCACAGACGUCAGCGGCGGGACCGGGUGCAGCGCAGGGACAGGCGGGCGACGAGGGCGGCAAGCUGAUCAAGCGCUUCGCCUCGGCCGGCUGCGACAACACGGUCAAGAUCUGGCAGUUCAACGAUGAGGCCAACCGGUACGUCGAGGUCGAGUCGUUGGAAGGCCACACCGACUGGGUGCGCGACGUUGCUUUCGCGCCCAACAUCGGCCUUCCCAAGAGCUACCUCGCCUCGGCAUCGCAGGACCGCACCGUCCUCAUCUGGACCCAAGACAGCCCCACAUCAGCCUGGACCAAGACGGCGCUCAACCCGGCCUCGACGUCGGCGGGCGCCGCUGCGGUCGCUGGCACGGCAGCAUCGACCGGAGCGGCGGGCGCCGGCGGCGCGAGCAACAAGUUCCCCGAUACCGUCUGGAGGGUGAGCUGGAGCGUCAGCGGCAACGUGCUCGCCGUCAGCGGAGGCGAUGGGAAGAUUACGCUGUGGAAGGAGAAUCUCAAGGGCGCCUGGGAGUGCGUCAGCGAGAUGGACUCUUGA